AUGGUUAUUGGUAUUGGUGGUCUGCUAGCAGCCUGCGGGUACGGUGCAUAUUCGUACAAACGCCGAGGAGCUAUGAGCACCAGCGUGUUUCUCAUGCAAUUCCGAGUAAUAGCACAAGGCACAGCAGUCGGCGCUCUCACCGCUGGCAUGCUCUACCACAUAUACACCAACUAUAUUAAUAAGCCAAAGAAUAGUGCAAUCUCUGCAAUUACGAAAACAAACGACCAUUAG